GUACAAAUAUCCUCUAUACAAUUAUUUUGUAUUCAAGUAUUAUCUUUAAAGUUCAACCUUUGGAAUAAAAGGUCAGUGAGAAGCCUAUAUUUUUCAUUCUAUUCGGGACCUGGGCUUGGAAUCAGUUGUGUUCUUCAAUAUCUGCAGAUUUUAUUCUGGUUUUAUAACUACGACUACUACCAUGGCUACCAAAACAGGACCACGCGUGGCAAUCAUCACCGGAUGUUCCUCUGGCAUCGGCCUCUCCGCGGCUGUGACACUGGCAAAGGACCCCGCUAAGGGCUACAUCGUCUACGCUACCAUGAGGAACGUGGCCAAGAAAGACAACCUGGAGAAGGCUGCAGGGGCGACCCUCAACAAGACCCUCUUCAUCAUCCCACUUGAUGUGACCAAACAAGAUUCCAUCGACAAUGCAGUCAAAGUGGUGUUCGAUAAGCACAAGCGUAUCGAUAUCCUUGUCAAUAACGCGGGGCAUGGCUCAUCGGGUUAUGUUGAACUUGUCAGCGAGCAACAGAUGCGUCAGUUGUUCGAUACCAACUUCUUUGGCCCAGUGAAUCUGAUGAAAGCGGUUCUUCCUAUAAUGAAGAAACAACGUUCAGGUCGCAUCAUGAACGUCAGUAGUGUAGCUGGUAUAACAGCAUGGCCUUUUGGAGAGAUCUACGCAGCCUCAAAAUACGCUCUAGAAGGUUUCACCGAGUCACUUUCUAUUGGCUACCGAGCAUUUGGUAUUUGGGUGAAUAGUAUCCAACCAGGUCCAGUGAGAACUGAUUUCAUUGCUAAUAUGGGAUCAGCUAAUAAUCAACCAGAGUUCCUCAAGCUCGCAGAAGAAAAGAACAUAGAUAAGGAGUCCAGAGAAAUUUGCCAGAAGGUCAUCCAACUCCUUGUUGCCAAUCCAAACUUUGAGAAAGAGAAUCAGACGCCCGAAGAAAUUGCCAAUGUCAUAAAAGAGUCUUUGGAGUCCAAGAAACCGCACCUGCGGAACCCCACCAGCCAACUCCGUUAUGAUUACGCCAAGAAAUACUUCGUGGAUCCCUACGGAGACGAAUUCUGUGAAACUAUCGUACCUCAUAUCAUCCCCGACUCACUCAAGAAGUAACUUUUUCAAGAAAUAUAUAUAUGUUUUCUUAUAUAUUUAAAUCCAGUCGCACAAUCGAACCCGCGGGAAGUUGCCAUUGAUUUAUUUCGAUUUAAAAAAUCAAUAAAUUGUAUUUAUUACAAGUGAAUGCUAUAGUAUACUUCAUUAAAUAAAUAUAUAUACCUUUAAAGGAGAAUGCAGAAUAUAUUGUAAUAUGUGGGUAAUUCAUUUCAAAUUAAAUUGGAGGCGGUGUAACAAAGGGAAAGAGGGAGCAGGUGCUUCUUAUUCUCGCCUCGUGUUUGAUUUUUUAAUGCCCCUUUUUAUUUCUCAAACAAUAGUAUGCCUAUAUAUUAACACCCAUGAUUUCUGCUGAUAAGUGAAUCUUAUCUUUUAAUGCUAGGUACACUAAUGAUAUUUAAAAAAAUCACGCCUCUUUAUAAUAAUAAUAAUAAAUACUUCUUGUAUAGCGCAUAUCACAAUAUGAAUAUUACGUCUCUAUGCGCUUCCAAAGGACUUUACACGACACAAGUAUCCCCCUUCGCCUCAUCCCUUCCCAUAAUCACUUAUCAGACUUGCCCCAUAUCUUAUUCAAUUUAAUAAAGCACAUUUUAUAUGGGCAUAGUUGGUAUAUUUAGGCACCACUAAAAAGAGAACAUUUCAAGGUUUCGAGGCCAGAUUUGCUAGACUUUAUCAUCAGGAUACCAUUUUCCUAUUAAUAUUAGGAUUUUGGUUGCAGGCUGACCCCUCCUCUUCUUUUAAUAUUUAACUUAUUUGCGAUCUAUGAAACACAAAGUAAUAUCUUUAAUCAUGCAAAAACAUAAAUUGAAUACCAAAACGAAUGUAGCUCCACUUGUUGUUUCUAUAAAUAUGUGUAUUAGUGUACUUUUGCUUGAACCUUUACCACAUGUUAUAACUCGAAUUUUCCUUUUAGCAUGUGAGGAAAAUGAAAAAAAAAACUGAAAAGUUAUAAAAUGUGAUUUGAAGUAAUGUAUUUCAACAAAAUAAAAUUUAGCUUUAAGGUAGACAUUACUUGAUGUAAUAAUGUCCUGUAGCAGCUCAUACAGGAAGCUAUACUGGGAUGUGAUACCUGAUGUAGUACUGAAUUACAUUGAAUUGUUAUUUUAUAAAAUAAAAUUGAAUUGUAAAUUUUAUAAAAUAAAAUUGAAUUGUAAAUUUUAUCACAUAAAAUUGAAUUGUAAAUUUUAUCACAUAAAAUUGAAUUGUAAAUUACUCAAAUUGUAACAAAAAAUAAAACUGGAAAAAAAAUCAUUUAUUUCAAUGUUUGCUGAAUUAUAUCUCUAUGCAUUAAUGGUCAAUGAAUGGUCUUUUACUUAGAAUUCUGAAUAUUUGUAACACUUUUGAGGACCCAUAAAUCAGGUGUGCAUCCAGCAUCAGAUCCUACAAAGCAUGUUCAUGGGCCCAAUUGUCUGGGGACAAUAGUGUCUCUAUUAUGCUUGUGCAUGGGCCCAUACAUUUCUUCAUCACAGUUGAUGUUGGAUAAGUUCAGGUAAAAGGUGAAAAUAACAUAGAAUGAUAGCAAUAAUAAUAAAAAUUAUUGGCUCUCCAUAUUCCAAAGAUUUAGGCCAUGGUUUUAUCAAACAUUGGCGGUUUUUCAUAUAUACAAAGAUUCAAAUGAAACUAAAAUCAAAAUUAAUUUCCCAAGAGCUGUAUAUAAUGCAUCACCAUUGUUUAGAUCAUUCUAAGGGGAGCCAUACACAUACUCAUCAAUGAGAUCAAUGAGUUUUGAAAAUAACUAUUACACUCAGUAACAAAGAUCACCACACUGUUUUUAUACGACACCAAUUAAUUCAUUUUAUUUACAGUAAUUCAUAGGAGGAAAAGAUAUAUUCCUUUGCAAACAUAAUCAUACAAAUAUAAAUCUAUUAUUUUCUGUUUGAUGUAUAAAAUCAAUGACAUACCACAUCAAUGCACACGCUGCAUUUCACUACAAAAUGUACAUGGACUUGUGAAACUUAUAUUAGGCAGCGACAGAAACCAAAGAAUUUAUAUAUUUUCAAGCAAGCAUUUAUAAAAUCAAACAUGAAAUGUCAGGAGAAAUUUGAAUAAAA